AUGGCUUUUGGUAACUACGUUGCUGUAUCUGUUGGCUGGCUUUCUCUGAUCCCGCCUAUUCUUGCUAUGGUACUCGCGCUCAUUACGAAAGAGGUGGUUUCAUCUCUUUUACUCGGUUGUAUUUCCGCCUGCAUCAUCUAUUCUGUUGCUGUCCUUAUGGGUAAAGCUCCGGGCCUGGAAAAGGCAAAUCCAGUAGAUGUCCUAUUUAUCACCAUGGGUACCAAAAUUGGAGAAAACAUUUAUAUCUGUUUAUUCCUACUCUUUAUGGGUGGGCUGAUCACUCUGCUGACCGUAUCUGGCGGAUCGAAGGCGUAUGGUCGAUUGGCUCACAAGUAUAUCCAUGGAAAGCGCCCCGCACUGAUUUCGACGGUGGUCCUGGGCGUUCUCAUGUUUCUAGAUGACUAUUUUAAUGCGAUCACUACAGGUACUGUCAUGCGCACGGUGGCGGAAGUCAACAACGUUUCGAAACCGAAACUUGCCUAUCUGGUCCACACGAUCGCCACCAACAUGUGUAUCACCAUCCCUCUCACCUCGUGGGCUGCUGCCAUUGUGGCUCAGAUCAAUGACUCGGGUGUGGAGAACGGCCUCGUGGUGUUUCUCAACACAGUGCCCUACAAUAUCUACAGUAUCCUUUCGUUUUUGAUGAUCCUCAUCACGAUCAUUUUCGAUUUUGACUAUGGCAAAAUGAAAUUCUAUGAAGACAACGCGAAGUUGGGGCUCAGUGCCACCGACGGAUCCAUUGACAAAUCCUCCAUCGUUCAAACCAACGAACAAACCGACAAGGGCUCCGUCUGGGACCUGCUGGCGCCCAUUCUCGCGCUGGUUCUCCUCUCUCUCUACUUCAUGUUCUAUCUUGGCGGCUUUUUCAACGGCGGAAUCUCCGUCACCGACGCGCUGCACGAAACCUCCGCUCCCAACGCGCUGCUCUACGCGUGCUUCUUCGCCCUCCUGCUCACGCUGCUUCUCUACGUGCCUCGCAAGCUGAUGAGCUUCUUGGACUGGAUCGAGAACCUGAAGGAGGGAAUGAAGACCAUGAUUCCGACCCUGAUGAUCCUCGUGUUGGCUUGGACCAUCAGCGGAACCAGCGGCGACCUCCUUCAAACCGGCGACUACGUCGGCCAGCUCAUCCAGAACUCCCCGAUUCCGCAGAUGAUGAUCCCCGCGGUAGUGUUUAUCGUGGGCAUGGCGCUGUCGUUCAGCAUGGGCACGGCGUGGGGCACGUUCGGCGUGCUGAUUCCGAUCGUCGUGAAGAUUUGCAGCGGAGACAACGCAAAAUAUUUAGAGCCUGCGAUCUCCGCGUGUCUCUGCGGCAGUGUCUUCGGAGACAACACGUCGCCGAUUUCCGAUACCACCGUCUUGGUUUCCUCGUCCACGCAAUGCUCGUUCUUGGUACACGUGUCCACACAACUGCCCUACGCGAUUACCGUCGCGGGAAUCAGCAUCAUCGGGUAUUUAAUCGCGGGGUUCACGUGCAAUCCGUGGAUCUCGCUGGGCGCUUCGGUUGUGUUGCUGCUGCUGGUGCUGGGAGGCGUGUGGUACUGGCAGAAGAAGCACGUGGUGAGCAGCGCGGCGUUCGAAGUGGAGAUGCAGGACUUGGACAAAGAGAAGAAGAAGGGCGAGGAAGGAAAAGGAGAAGGCGAGGAAGGCGUCGAGCAGCAGCAGCAGCAGCAGACGAUCGCGAUGGUGGACGACGAAGAGCUGAAGAAGCUGGAAGAGAACGAGCGGGAUGUGGAGAAUAGCGAGUUGGAUAUUGAAGUGGGGUCGAGUGUGACGCAUCGCGUGUCGCCACAGCCCGUGCCUCCGCUGCCGAUUCCGGUGGCGAAUGAAUAA